AUGAAACUUGCAAUAGAUGGCGCAGAGCAGUGGGAGCUACUCCAGGCAGCUCACGAUCUGUUCAGCCGCCCUUCCCGCAAUAGCGGCGACGGGCAGCAACGGGACAUUGCAGGCAAUUUCCACGCCGAGCGACUCAGGAAUUACAGGGAUUUCUUCCAGAUCGACGUCCAGAUGAUUUUAUUUUACGUCCAUCCUCACUGGGAACUAUCGGCCGCGGCAUUUACGCAAUGUUGUGAUGCGUUGAACAGCCUUCUUGCGGCCUUCGAAAACCUGCUCGACGACGGUAUCCUGGCCUCCGAUCAUAGCAAGAGCUCAACUUCGUUGUCGGCAAACAUUGUUAGUGUAAAAGGCAUCAAAGUCCGUGUGUGGGGGAUUGUGAAAAGGCUUAUCCAUGGUGGUGCUGGAGGACACGUGCACAAUCUGCAGGAUUUGGACACAAUGAUACGUCACCAGGAAGAGAAGGAUUACGUUACAAUUCUCCAAGAGAUAAACUCAUUUAGUCGAGCGAUGAGACAAUUGUACCGACCAGUCGCUGAGCCACAUCAUGCGGUCACAGACACGAAGUCAGACAACUUUGAGAGUGAGAUCAAACGGGACGACGGUCCAGAUACCGUAAUUCGCGAGCUAUUGCACGCCCUUCACUCCUCAUUGCUAUUCUCCAGCAUGACUCAGACAGGUCAGAGGUAUCCGGAGGUGCAGAACCUAUGUGACACCAUCCAUCGCUCGCAGAGUUGGAAGGUCUUGUUACGUCUCCUGGCCGCGGACCAGCGGCUCUGGGAUUGUUCCAAUCCGCGUCAGAGAAGGUCAAACCCAGGGUGGUCUCCCACUAUUUCCCUACAGUCCUUGCUAGACGACGGUUACCUUUCAUUCCAGAGCAAAAGGGAUUUAUCGAAGGUCUCACUGAAGGAAAAGAGGAUCCUUGCCGUGAUUCUUGCCCACAAAAUGUUAUAUCUCUGUGACAGUCCUUGGAUCCAGGGGUCUUGGGAUGCAACCAAGAUUUUCUUCCAAUAUGACCCUUCAAUGCAACGCUUGCCGAACAUUCGGCAGCCAUAUAUCGCUGGGUCACUCACGCUCGACUCGCAGGAAGUGGAACCGCUUGCAGAUCGAAUACAUAAGUAUCCCCUAAUCUUGGAUUUUGCACAACUUCUUUUAGAACUCCAUCAUGGAGAGACAAUUCAGGCGACCGAGGCGGACUACGACGCAAUCACGCAAAAGGAGACGCCUGACACUCCUUUCUUCAUGGUUAACCGUGUAUUGGAGGAAGCCUCGGAAGACAUGUAUGCCGACUAUCUUGCCGCUAUUGAAGCCUGCCUAGAUUGUGGUAAAUUCCUGCCUCUGGAAGCACCUUCAUUCAAUCAUGUUGAAUUCCGUAGCCUGUUUUACAAAAAUGUUGUGGCCCCUUUGGAGGAGGAACUAUUCAAGGGCUUCAAAAUUAAGGUCCACGAGCUAUAUUCUACAGGCAUACAAGAACCGAAAAUCGCUACCCAACAGCCGGCAACCAUCCACUUAUUACCACCUACAACGGUUCACUUGAAGAAACUCCAGUUCGGGCAGCGAUCACUUUCAAUUACUAAGGAUUCUAAUACUGACUGUACCGUACCGUCAACAGCAAUAUUACACUCAUCCAGCACAUCUCACUUCAGUUUAACCGCUCUUUCUCCCAGUGUUUCCCCUCAGCAAACGUAUAACAUUGCAAUCAUCUGUCCCAUGGCUACUGAGAUGGCACCAAUCCUCGCAAUACUGGAUGAGAGGCACACAGCGGUACUGUCCACACGAGAGAGAAACACGUAUGUUCUGGGGCAAAUAGAACAUCACAAUGUGGUCGUGACAGUUAUGCCCGAGACCGGAACCAACAGCGCCGCGGCGGUAGCUACUCAGUUGCGAAACGAUUUUCCGUAUCUGCGCUUCGGCCUCUUGGUUGGGGUUGGAGGUGGUAUCCCUGAUCCUCCCAAACACGACAUACGUCUCGGAGACGUGGUUGUCGGCAAACCGACCAACACCUUUGGGGGUGUGGUACAGUUUGACCGUGGAAAGGUCAAUACCGAUAGGGAUUUUGAACGAACAGGUUCUUUGAAUAAGCCGCCGCCAUUCGUCAUGGCGACCCUCGAGACUCUGAUCGCACAACACAAGCUCGAUGGAAACGGACUAAGCAAUCAUCUGUCCGAGAUGCUGCGAAGGCACCCCGAUAUGAGAGACGGACAAUACAUCCACCAGGGUGAGGAAAACGAUAUCCUCUUCCAGUCCAUGUAUCCUCACCAAGCCGGCAGUGACUGUCAGAGCUGCGGACGAGAGAUGGUGGUGAAACGACAGCCGCGAGGCUCGACAGCACCAAGCAUUCAUUACGGAACGAUUGGCUCAUCCAACAUUGUGGUUAAAGACGCGGUAACCCGGGAUAAACUCCAACGUGAGCUUGGCAUCAUCUGCCUUGAGAUGGAAGCCCCCGGUCUAAUAGAUGAGCUCCCGUGCCUAGUCGUCCGCGGCAUCUGCGACUAUGCCGACUCGCAUAAGCUGAAGACAUGGCAGCCAUACGCGGCAGCCACGGCCGCCGCUUUCGCCAAGGAGUUCCUCUCCAUUCUUCAAUGA